UUGAAGCAGGAAGAAGACAGACAAAACGGUGUUACAAAUGGUAAUCAGUUGUAUAAAAAAUGUCGAAAGACGUUGAAGCUGAAGUAAAAGCGAAUAUGGAAAUGAUUGAAGUACCUCGUGGACUUGAAGCUGAAACUGAAAAGUUCGUUGAAUCUGUCAUCAAACAUGAUGCAUACAAGAAUAACGAGUAUAAGUGGGGACUGGGAGAUUUUGAAUUAGGUUUGCGAUUAGGUAGAGGCAAAUUUGGCAAGGUAUACUUGGCAAGAGAAAAGAAGACUGGUUUCAUUGUCGUAUUAAAAAGCUUAACGAGGAAAAAAUUGGUUGAAGGCAGUGUUGAAAAUCAAACACUGAGAGAAAUUGAAUUUCAAAUUCAAUUAAAACAUCCAAACAUUUUGCAACUGUUUGCCUGGUUCCACGACUCUCACAGAAUUUAUCUGGUUUUAGAAUAUGCAAGUGAGGGUGAACUUUCCAAGCAUUUAAAAAACAGCCCUGGUGGUUGUUUUGAUGAGCGUUUGUCUGCACAAUACACAUAUCAAGUGGCAGAUGCCUUGAAUUACUACCAUCAAAAUAAUAUAGUCCACGGAGAUGUAAAACUUGAAAAUUUAUUUUUAACGGUCAAUAAUGCCGUUAAAUUGCGCAAAAGAAUGUUGAGUGGUGGCAGCUUGAAUUAUUUGGCUCGAGAUAUAAUUGAAGGCAUGGGAUAUGGCAAUUACGUAGACUACUGGAGUUUGGGGGUACUGUGUUACCAGUUUUUAGUUGGUAUGCCUCCAUUUGAAAGCGAAAUCCAUAUGAAAACUUUCAGUAAAACUCAACAUGUUGAGUUAAGUUUUCCUACUCAUGUAACUGAUGGUGCCAAAGAUUUGAUAACAAAACUAUUUGUUAAGCCCGCACAUGAGAGGAUUACUUUUUCAGAGGUCAUGGAACAUUUUUGGAUUAAUAAGAAUAUGUAAUUAUCAUUUAUAUUUGCAUUUUUUCAAAAAUUAUAUAAUAAAUUUUGUAUUU